AUGGAUCGACCCCGCGGGACGCUGGUCCAACCCAGCUUGGACGCGCUGGACGUCCUCACGCCUGUCGCACCCGAGAAGCUCUCUGCGUUUCUGACAGCGUGGGCGACCGCGCUGCCAGCCUCCAGCGACAUGCGUCGCCUUCCUCGCUUUCUCGACACAGCAAGCGAGAUGCUUGUUCCGUUUCUUGCAAAGCUUAUGGCGCUCAUUCCGCACGAGCGACGCCUCCUUGGGCAGCUUGCGCAGCAGUGCACUACUUACAUUGUCGACGCGCGUCCGACGCGCCUCAAGUGGAUGGUGCACCCUGACGUGCUGGACGGUGACGCGCCGUGGGGGUGCAUCCGCAAAGUGCCCGAUCGCGCCGCUUGUGCAUGA